UGUCUACAAGAUCCAACCAAUAGUACAUUUUGCGCUUCGUUGUGUUCCUCUUGAAUGGAGGAGAGUGAAGAGAUUCACGCUUUAAACCGUAUCAAAAGGAAGAUACGUGAAAUAAAGGACUGGCCAAAGACAGGAGUUACUUUUCGAGACGUUUGUCCACUAUUUGAGGACCCAAAAGCUUUCCACGACGCUAUUGAUCUUUUGCGUGACAGAUAUUCUUCGUAUCAGUUUGACGUUGUUGCAGGAGUGGAAGCAAGAGGUUUCGUUAUAGGGGCAGCUUUAGCAUAUAGUUUAGGUAAAGGUUUUCUUCCUCUUCGAAAGGAAGGAAAACUGCCAGGACCAAACCUAUCAAAAGCUUACCAACUCGAAUAUGGCUCCUCGACGCUGGAAGUGCAAAACUUUUGCCCAAGAAGGGGACUUCGUGUCGUUGUUGUCGAUGAUUUACUGGCUAAAGGAGGAACUUUAGAAGCUGCCUGUUUCCUGAUUGAAUCUUGUGGAGGGACAGUGGUGGAGGCUUCGGUUUUAGUUGAACUAUCAAGUCUGCGAGGCAAGGAAGUCUUAGAAGUGAGAGGUUGGAAAGUAUUUUCACUUCUUAAAUACGAUGAAGCCUAGCAACUGUUAUCGUUAUGUUUUUGUAUUUGUUAAACAUAUUUUGAAUUUUUUCUGAAGACAGUAUAUCGUAGGCAAAGGGUAUAUUACAGGAAACUGCAAGUGAAGUAUAAAAGGAGUAACAUUGUAGUUAAGUUUCACUUGCUACUUACAUGAAUGAAUGGAAAGCAUCCAGCUUUAUCAAUAGUGGAGGGUUUCACACAAAUUCUCAGUUGCUAAACACAAGACAGAAAUUUCUAAAAAGAAAUGGUGACAAAAAAUCUCCAGGGUUCUAAAGAAAUAUCUGAAUGCCUAUCCAUAUCUGAGAUGUAGUUCAAGCUAAACUGAGACUUUUGUAUUAUUUUUCAUAAUACAUCUUAAAACAUCGAACAUUAGUCUUCGCUAGUUCACCAUGAUGUUAACUUGUUGCCUCUUCCACUUCAAAAUUAUCUUGAACAUAAUCAAAAAUUGAUGGGAAUGGAGUUUGUAGGGAGUCCCUGUCUUUGGUGAAUUUUCCCCAAAAAUUCACGAGCACCGAAUUAGAACUUGGACACGUGAACGUCCCUGGAAAAUUUCUUUGGCUUAUUUUGGCAACCGUGUGCGAAACUCUGUAGAAUUCUAAACUGACUUGUCUGUUUUUACUCUCAAAUAGGGUUGUUUCUUUAUUUGCUUUGUAUAGUGCUACUGAAGUAUUCCCACCGAA